AUGAAGGAUUAAUAAUUGAGAUGGUUCAAUAUUUCAUUUUAUGAAUUGUAAUUAAAUAAUAAAAUUUAUGGACUCACAACAUUGUAUUAUUUCAUUAUUUCAUGGCAGGAGAAAUAAAGGAUAUCAAAUUAACCCAGAAGGCAAUCAAUCAAUGAUAUUGAAUAAAGUAAAGAAUAGGAACUUGCAUUGAUUUUCAUUAAGCCAUUUAAUUUCUCAAUCUUUUAUAUAACAAAGUAAUAAAAAAAUUUGAUGAAGAGGAGUGAGAUGAGAAAUGAAGAAUAAGCGCUCUUAGAUUAUGAAAAAGCCAUUGAAUUACAUUCUAGAAAUCUUAAAUUUAUCAUAACAGCAGUUAUGAAUAAAUUAUAUAUAACAAAACUCAAUAUUAUUGAGAGGAUAUAAGAAUAUGCACUCAUAAUUAUAACCAGGUUAUUCAAUUAGAUACUAAUGAAUGUUAAAUUAUAUUUUAAUAGAUAUAAUAGAGAUAUUAUAUAUAAUUAGAAAGGAAAUAAUGAAUAGGUAUUCAUAGAUUAUAAUAAAGCCCUUUUAUUAGAUUUUAAAGAAGCGAAAAAAUUUAUUUAACGCAAUAGAAAUUUAUUUUGA